GCUGAAUACAAAGAGAAAUGCAAGUCUUUAGGAGAUGACCCCAAACAGUUGGCAGAACUAGAUAAAUUAAUAUCUUCCACUUCUUUAGGGGCUGAGCAUUUCAUGCGUGAGUUGGGGCAGUUUUAUGAGGCAGAAUGCUCAAUGGUUAAAGAAGGCAAAAUUCUAAAGAGUGGAAGGCAAUUCACCCAUCUCACAGGCAUAGCAGCUGACCUGAUGCUGGAAGGGUUUCCUAUUGAGCUGAUUGAUGGAGAUGCAUCCAACAUCCCACUGCAGUGGGUAACAGAUGUUCUGACCCAGCUUCAUGCCAAGCUGAAGGGAAGGUCCAAAAUGCUGGUUCUGACAGUGCUGGGAGUGCAGAGCACUGGGAAAUCCACCCUCCUCAACACCAUGUUCGGCCUGCAGUUUGCAGUGAGCAGUGGCCGGUGUACGCGAGGAGCAUUCAUGUUGCUCAUUCAAGUUACAGAGAUCUUAAAAAAGGAGCUGGGCUGUGAAUUCAUCCUGGUGAUAGAUACAGAAGGCUUGAAAGCCCCUGAACUGGCCAAACUUGAGGACAAUUAUCAACAUGACAAUGAGCUGGCCACACUGGUGAUUGGACUGAGUGACAUAACCAUUGUUACCAUGGCCAUGGAGAACGCCACUGAAAUGAAGGAUGUUCUGCAAAUUGUGGUCCAUGCCUUUCUCAGAAUGGAAAAAAUAGGGCAUAAGCCAAACUGCCAGUUUGUGCAUCAGAACGUCAGUGAUGUGUCUGCACAUGACCAAAACAUGAGGGACAGGAAACACCUCCUGAAGCAGCUGGAUGAAAUGAUCAAAGCUGCAGCAAAGAUGGAAAAACUGAACAAGGAAAUAAAAUUUUCUGAUAUCAUGGAGUAUGAUCUGGAAAAACACAAUUGGUACAUCCCUGGGCUGUGGCAUCAAGUCCCUCCCAUGGCUCCAGUGAAUAUGGGAUACAGUGAAAAAGUAUAUGAGUUAAAGAGGUAUCUGUUUGAAUUCAUAAAGAACCGUUCACUUAAAAGAACUCCCAAGGACAUUCCACAGUUUAUUGAAUGGAUGAAGAGUCUGUGGAAUGCUGUCAAACAUGAGAACUUCAUCUUCAGCUUUAGAAACAGCCUCAUAGCUGAAGCCUAUAACCAGCUGUCUGUGAAGUAUUCUGAGUGGGAAUGGGGUUUCCACAAGGAAAUACACCUCUGGAUAACUGAAAAAGAAACUGCAAUUCAGAAUUUUUCUCCUGAUGAACUAGAAGCUGAUAAGUGACAAUAUGAAAUGCAA